AUGACUGCUGCUUGGAAAACUGCUGGCUUGACCUACAACCGGUACCUGGCGAUUGCCGCCCGUACGGUGCGCCGGUCCCUCAACGAAGAGGCCCGCAUCGCCGCUGAGCGCCGUAACACCAUGGACCUUCGUUUCGCCAAGUGGGAGAACGGCAAGCAGGGUGAGGUCCGUCCUCUCGCUCAAGCCAACGACAGCCAGGCUGCCCAGGCUGCUGAGAAAUAG